CAGAUCUGUCGUUGUGCAGAGCUGCAGACCGAGUUCAGGCGCUGUUGCCAGCUGUCGCGUUCGGCAUUGCUCCACGACACGCACACACGUAACCACAUCCGUACGGCGUGCAUCCAACCACCCAAUUCCAUAUCCAACUCCCCUUUCACUGGCAGACAGCAAGGCAGACCCGGUGGAGACGUCCACUUUACUCAUUCUCCUAACGGGACACAACAGACUCCAUCGCUCUAACGGGAGUAGAGACCCCCUGUAUGUUGAGGACUGUACAGUGCAGACCACCAGCACUACCAGCGGCAGCACCAUGGCAACCAAGAGACCAGAGGAGAGGACCUCUUCGGCAGCAGGACCCACAGACACCAGGCAGUCUGGAGCAGAGAUACAGGAGACACUGGUAUACAUGCAGUGCUGUGGGCAGGAAGCCCCUAACAUGACAGAGAGCAACGGCCAUAGGAACAUUAUGAAUAGGCACCAUCAGGUACCGGUCUUCGUGCCCCGGGGGAGGACUGAGGCGGGCUGGACCCACCCCGCGGCUCCUCAGCAGACUACAACUCCCACAGUGCCCUCCUGCCCUGUGUCUGCCCCAUACAGUUUCCAGAGCCCAGGGUCGGUGGAGAUGGAUGAGAUCAUGGCAGCCAUGGUUCUGACCAGUAUGUCCUGCAGCCCUGUGGUCCAGAGCUCUCCUCAGGGCCAGAAUGACCCUGUACCAGGUUCAUCAUCAGGGGGCGGAGACAUGGAGUGUGGGGGCGGAGACAUGGAGUGUGGGGGUGGGGAUCUGUCUGACAGCGGCAGCAGUGGCUACUGGAGCUGGGACCACGACAAUGUUAGUCCUGCCCUGUCCCUGUCCGUCAUCGAGAUGGACAGCAGCCCCGACGAAGGACUGCACACGGAGCUGGAGCAGGGUGUGGAGCUAAAUGUAGCCAAGAGGUCAAAGAGUUCUUUCAGAGGAGCGUACAGGUGUCUGUGGCCCAGCUGUGGCAAGGUGCUCACGUCUUCAGUUGGUAUGAAGAGACAUGUCCGUGUGAUGCACCUGGGUAGCGGAUCGGAGCAGUCCCACAGAGAGGAGGAUUUCUACUACACUAAGUUCUCCUGCAAAGUUCCACCAGCCCUCGUCCCGGCCUUGUCCUCUCACGUCCCAUGGGCAUCCUGUGGCUCCCCUCCAGACCCUGGUCCAGGUUCCUGUCUCCAGAUCCCCUCCUCUACCUCGUCCUCACCCUCAGGGUCAGGCAGCUCCAGGCCCAGCUCAGGCCCAGGGUCAACCCCAGGGUCAGCUCCAGACCAGCCCAGCCCUCUCAGCCAGUCUGCCCCCAGUUCCUUUUGGCAGACAGACCACCCGUAUCAGGCCUGCACUCCCCUCCAGGUGACGGUGUCCUGUCACAACUCCGCCCCCUGUUGUUGGACCCCUCCCCCCCUCACCGUCUCUAACCAGCACAGUCACCACAACUCUCAGGUGGUGAGGGGUCGCUGCAGGUCUGUGAGUGUGGGAGAACAGUGGCUUCAACAGAACAGCGCCACCAACAGGCUAACCACCAUGAGAGCAGCCUCUCCGUCACGCGCUCAAUGCUCCUUCAGGAAAGGACGAGGGGAGGCUAAGAAGUGUCGUAAGGUUUACGGAGUGGAGCACAAGGAGCAGUGGUGCACGGCCUGCCGCUGGAAGAAAGCCUGCCAGCGCUUCACAGACUAAACGAGGGCGCGAACAACGGAUGAUGGAAAAAAGAGAGACUUGGGAGAAAAAAAGAGAGGUCACAACCAGGGCCUGUUAGCCAUCAAGAACAACAAAGAGAGGUCACGAUCACAACCAGGGCCUGUUAGCCAUCAAGAACAACAAAGAGAGAUCACGAUCACAACCAGGGCCUGUUAGCCAUCAAGAACAACAAAGAGAGAUCACGAUCACAACCAGGGCCUGUUAGCCAUCAAGAACAACAAAUUCCUGUUUUUUUCUACCUUGUUUUUUCCCCCUCAAGGAAUAAAGUGAUUUGUGUAUUUUUUAAAAAUGUAAACGUUGACCUGAGCAGUGAGUCAGUGUGUGUGAUGUUAGUAGCUAGUAGUUGAUGUUAUGACGUGGUAGGCCUACAAUGUUCGUCCUUCCUAGCCUGGUCCCAGAUCUGUUGGUGCUGUGUGGCAUGACAACGACCGUAGGAGUUAGUUAUACACAGGGACUGAACUUUUUGGGUUACUGGCUUGUAACCCUGGGUAACAAUCGGCUCAAAAGUCUGUGCCAUGCGAUAUUUCUAAGGACAAACUUUAGACCAUCCUGGCGGGCUAGUGUGGCACAUUUUCUACUUGCCCGAUCUGAAAAGUACUAGCCCGAUUUGAAAAGUACUAGCCCGAUUUGAAAAGUACUAGCCCGAUCUGAAAAGUACUAGCCCGAUUUGAAAAGUACUAGCCCGAUCUGAAAAGUACUAGCCCGAUCUGAAAAGUACUAGCCCAAUCUGAAAAGUACUAGCCCGAUUUGAAAAGUACUAGCCCGAUUUGAAAAGUACUAGCCCGAUCUGAAAAGUACUAGCCCGAUCUGGCGGGCUGGUUUAGUUUCCAUCCCGCGUUGAGCAAGGAGCUUCAUCCUUAAAUGUUCUCCAACUUCUUCUUCUAUACAGCACAAACAGAUCUGGCCCCAGGAUACACGUCUCUCCUCACCUCCCACUGAGAACAUGUCUCUCCUCACCUCCCACUGAGAACAUGUCUCUCCUCACCUCCCACUGAGAACA